AUGGAUAGGCGUGACGCUGUAUAUUGUAUGGUACGCAUAGUUCAGCGGGUUGUGUACUACGAAGAGAUCAGUAACAUUCAACGAGGUGAACGUGUGAAAGGAAAACUAAGAAACUUUAACCCUUUCUUCGAUGAGAAAGAGAGACUGCUGAGAGUCGGCGGUCGGAUCAAGUACUCCGAUUUGCCGAGAGAUCAGAAACAUCCGAUGAUCAUCCCUGAACGUAACCAUUUCACAGAAAUCGUUAUUGAGGCGCUGCACCAAGAGGAGCUGCACGUCGGAUCGAACGGCCUGAUGGCAAAGAUAAGAAGACAAUUCUGGCCAGUCAACGCUAAAGGCACAAUCAAUCGAGUAGUCAGAAGAUGUGUGAAAUGCUUUCGUACGAAUCCUCGGGAUGUGCAGCAAUUCACGGGAGAUCUGCCCAGUGUCCGAGUCACCAUCACCCAACCAUUUUCACGUACGGGUGUGGACUACUCGGGCCCUUUUUUCAUCAAGCGAGGGCGAUCGAAGGCUCCGUGCAAGGCGUAUGUCUGUGUUUUCGUAUGCAUGUGUACGAAGGCUAUUCAUUUGGAACUUUUGACUUCAUUGACGACAGAAGGGUUCUUACAGGCUCUGCUGCGUUUCGUUGGACGGCGUGGAAAUGUGUCAGACAUAUAUUCUGAUAAUGGCACCAAUUUUAUUGGGGCCAAACGAGAACUUCAGGAAUUGUUUCAGCUUCUGAAGUCGCAAAUUCUGCAAGAGAAUAUAGCAGGCUUCUGUCAGCCACGUGUAAUAAACUGGCAUUUGGUACCACCGAAGGCUCUUCACCAGGGUGGGCUGUGGGAAGCUGGUGUCAAGGCCAUGAAAACUCACCUUCACCGAACGUUGAAGGAGGCGUAUUUGCCAUACGAGGAAAUGAACACCCUCUUAAUCCAAAUCGAGGCCAUAUUAAACUCACGACCGUUGGUUGAACAGAGCAAUGAUCCAGCAGACUACGAAGCUCUUAGCCCUGGACAUUUUUUGGUCGGCCGAGAGUUAACGGCGGUUGCUGAGCCAUUGUAUACUGAUCGGAAGGAAUCGCUGCUCUCUAGGUAUGAACUGGUUUAA